AUGAUAAAUCGACUAUUAAAAAAGUCAAAUUUAAGAUCAUAUCUACCCUCAAGAUCAUUUCAUAAUGUAAAUAGAAUACGACAGCAGCAAUCACUCCAAAAUUUUAAUGAAGAACCAAGAAUAAAUCAAAUUGGUAUACAAUAUCUAUCAAAUCAACUACAUAAUAAAUUAUUCCCCACUACAAAAACAACUGAUUAUUUAAAACCUAAAAACCCUGAACUACUAGAGAUUUCCAAAAAGCAUCUAAAAGAGAAUGAAUUAUUAGGUAAAAAGACUCAAAUUACUGAACCAAUAAAUAUCAAUCAUCUACCUGAUCUAGUUGGUAAAUCUUUAGAUGAACAUUUUUAUAAAUUAGGACAAAAAUCAUCAGAACCUUAUUUCUCAAUGGCAAAAAAUUUCUUAGAUGAGAAAAAGAAAUUACCUGUACCACCUAAAAAUUGGAUAUUUCAAUCAGGAUGGACUAGAUAUACAAAUGAUAAAGAACCAGAGCUAGUCUCAUUUCCAUUAGAAGAUGAAUUAGUAUUUGAUGUAGAAGUACUUUACAAAAUUGAAAAAUUUCCAGUAAUGGCAACUUGUGCAUCUGAAAAAGCAUGGUAUGGUUGGGUUUCUCCUGCAUUAAUUGAUGUUAAACAAAAGAAAAAGAAUAAAAUUGAUUACAACCACCUAAUACCUAUGAAUUGUUCAAAACAACCAAAAUUGAUUAUUGGAUAUAAUGUAAGUUAUGAUCGUGCAAGAAUACUAGAAGAGUACAACAUUAAACCUUCUAAAGCAUUCUAUUUAGAUGGUAUGUCAUUACAUGUAGCAACUAGUGGAAUAUGUUCAAGACAAAGACCAAUGUGGCAAAAAUUUAAUAAAUCUAAAAAAGCAGCACCAGAAGAAGAAGUUAUUGAUGAAGAUGCUAUAAUUGUUUCAAAUCCAAAUGAUGUUUCAGUAGAAGAAGAUCCCUGGUUACUAACAGGAUCACCAAAUUCAUUAGCUAAUGUUGCUAAAUUUCAUUGUAAUAUUGAUUUAGAUAAAUCUGAUAGAGAAUAUUUUGCAUCUGAAGAUCCAAAAGUUAUAGUGGAGAAUUUUCAAAUGUUAAUGAGUUAUUGUGCAAAAGAUGUUGAUGCUACUUUCAAAGUCACUCAACAUUUGUUUCCAGAAUUUUUCCAAAAAGUACCACAUCCUGUUUCAUUUGCUGCAUUAAAACAUUUAGGUUCAUUGAUAUUACCAACAACCAAAAAAUGGGAAAAGUACAUUGAUUCUGCCGAAUUAUGUUAUGAUGAAAAUAGAUCAGAUGUCACUGAAACCCUAGAGAAAUUAGCUAAUGAUUUAAUUGUACAUAUUGAAACAAAAUCUAAACCACCAAAAUAUCAAAAGGAUCCGUGGUUAAAUCAAUUAAACUGGAAAUUAAAAGAAGGUAGAUUAAGGAAAGACGGAACUCCUUAUAAAAAUAGUGCUUAUUUGACUGGUUAUCCUGAAUGGUAUAGAGAGUUAUGGGGGUCUGUUGCACCAGCUGGUACUCAAAUGACCUUAACUUUAAAAACUAGAAUCACACCAUUAUUAUUAAAAUUAAAAUGGGAAGGUUAUCCUUUAUUCUGGGUUAAUUCCGAGGGUUGGUGUUUUAAAGUUCCAUUUAAUGAAGACACAAUUGAAGAUUUAACAAACAGAAACUACAAGAAAGCAAAAUUAACGCCUGAAGAAAUUGAUUUACAUCAUGAUCUUCUAACAGAAAAAGGAAAAUCAUAUAUACUUUUCAAAGUACCUCAUCCAGAUGGUCCAAAUAGAAGAUGUACUUUAGUAUUAUCAAAAAAUUAUAUGCGAUAUUUUGAAGAUGGUACAUUAACGUCAGAAUAUGAUUAUGCUCAAAAGAUUUUAAAAUUAAAUAGUGAAGCUUCAUAUUGGAUGGGUAACAGAACUAGAAUUAUGGAUCAGUUUGUUGUAUACAAUGAUGAGAAAAAGAAUAAAUUUUUCGAAACCAAAAAGGAAUCCCAAAAUCAUAAAAAUGUUGGUUUAAUUAUUCCAAAUUUAGCUUCAAUGGGAACAAUUACCAGAAGAGCAACUGAAAAUACUUGGUUAACUGCAUCAAAUGCUAAGAAGAAUAGAAUUGGAUCAGAAUUAAAAUCAUUGAUUGAAGCUCCUAAAGGAUAUUGUUUUGUUGGUGCAGAUGUUGAUUCUGAAGAAUUAUGGAUAGCUUCAUUAGUUGGUGAUUCAAUGUUUGAGAUUCAUGGAGGUUCAGCUUUAGGUUGGAUGACAUUAGAAGGUGAAAAAUCUCAGAAAACAGAUUUACAUUCUAAAACUGCACAAAUUUUACAAAUAUCAAGAAAUGAUGCAAAAAUUUUCAAUUAUGGUAGAAUUUAUGGUGCUGGAGUUAAAUUUGCAAGUAGAUUAUUAAAACAAUGUAAUCCAAGUAUUAGUGAAGAAGAAGCUGAUAAAAUUGCAAGAAAAUUAUAUGAGAAAACCAAAGGUAAUGUUCAAGUUUCAAGAAUAUUGAAAAAUUCACAAAAGUUUUACUACGGUGGUAGUGAAUCAAUAGUUUUCAACGCCUUAGAAUCAAUUGCUAAAGAACCGGAACCAAAAACUCCUGUGCUUGGAGCGUCAAUAACAGAUGCAUUAAAUGCCAAGAACUUAAAUAAAAACACUUAUAUGACAAGUAGAAUCAAUUGGACAAUUCAAAGUUCAGGAGUUGAUUAUUUACAUUUAUUAAUUAUAUCAAUGGAAUAUUUAAUUGAAAAAUAUGGUAUUGAAGCAAGAUUAGCAAUAACAGUACAUGAUGAGCUUAGAUAUUUAGUUAAGGAAAAAGAUAAAUAUUUAGCAUGUUUAUUAUUACAAAUUAGUAAUUUAUGGACAAGAGCAAUGUUUUGUGAACAACUAGGUAUAUUAGAAGUUCCACAAUCUUGUGCAUUUUUUUCAGAAGUUGAUAUUGAUAAAGUUUUAAGAAAAGAAGUCAAUUUGGAUUGUAUCACACCAUCACAUCCACAACCUAUUCCACCUGGUGAAUCAUUAAAUAUUCAACAAUUAUUAGACAAGACAGAAAAUGGCGAAAUAUUAAAUUGUAAACCUAAACCAUUAACUUUAAGAACAACAAAAUAUCAAUCAAGAACUCCAAUUAUACACGAUUUAAAUAAAAGUUUAAGUACUAAUGCUAAAAUUGCCAAACUCAAAUUACAAACAUCUGCAGAUAAAGAUGAAUGGAAAAUUAAUUUAAGAAAUUUUUCAAAAUUCUUAAAUAUAAAUGAAGAUGAAAUCAUGAAGGAGGUACAUAAGAAUGAUAAGAAAUAUAAGUCUUCGAAGCUGAAAAAAAUGAUUGAAGAGUAUGAUUUAGAAUCAAAACCAAAAGUUCAGUAUAAGAAGAAACAAAAGAAGAGAGUCACCAAGAAAUCAAAAUCUGAUGAAGAGAAAAUAGUUUAUGAAAAAGAUUCAGAUUAUUCAUUACCUCCAUAUGAAGAAAAUAUUGAACAAAUUAAAGAUUUUGAAAUACUAUCACCGCCUCAACCACCAGCAACACAACCACAAUCUUCAUCACAUUCAUCUUCAUCAACUCAACCACCACCAACAACAUCAGUAUCACCAGAAGCAUCAUCAAUAAAUAAAAAAUUUGUAUUUGAUGCAACUUCUAACUCAUCAUUAUAUCAAAAUAAGUUGUCAAUAAGUCAUAGCCAUAAUCAUCAUCAUAAUCGUCAUUAUCAUACGUCACUUCAAAAAAGUUUGAACAAGAAUUUUUUACAAAAUCAACAACCUCAAACAUUUAGAUUCUCAAUAGUCAAACCUGAAUUAGAUAAAUUAAUGGUUUAUUCUAAUUCAAAAUCUCCAUCGUUAACAACUACAACUACAUCAACUACAUUAUAUGAAUAUUUGAAUAUUGAUCGACGACGACGACGACGACGGCACUACUUUUAA